AGGACCAUGAAUGUGGGGUUUAUAGGAAAUAGACUCCCAGUUGCUGUGCUAUGUCAGAAGACAAUGAUAACGAUUCCAACACUGGGAUGGACCCAGUGCUAAUUAUAGCUAUAGUAUUAGCUGUAGUUCUCAUCCUAGUCAUAUUCGUCCUUAUAAUGUGCUGGAAACUAAGAAAUCGCAAACACGACUCUACCAACGGAGGAGGAAACAUUGUGCUAACUAACCCCAAUCCCGAUGUUGAAGGAGUUAAUUCAGACAGAGUCGCUAUGUCAAAGUCAAAACUCAUAUCAGAUCCUUUCAUGCUGAAUGCUGGUAAUUUAUUGAAAGGGGAAGAGAAGCGAAAGUUUGACGAGAUUGCUCAAAACUUGCAAGACGAGCGUUUUAAAUUCCUUGUUAUUUUGAACGCACUCAGAAGAGACGCAAAACCUUUGAGUGCUGAUACCGAAGCCUUUUAUACGUACAGGGAAUGUAUACACGAGUUAUCGCGGUUCUUACACCUACUCAACAAAUCACCGGAGGGCAUUGUGCCGGACGAUGGACUGUAUCUAGCCAACUGGGCUACACAAAUACUCGCCAUCUACGACAACCAACGUCGGAUAAUAGCGAUACCGUACAGUCAGCUAGACAUGGAAAUAGAGGAAGCAGCCGAGUGUUUCCCUAUCCAGCAGCUCCGUUCAAGUAUGCGAGCACGUCGCUCUUCUAUUGGUAGUAGUGAGGGCAGCUCUAUUAACGAUAGUGCUAUUCGUGUAGAUUUGGAGAGUGAGGACGAGGAAGAGGAAAUGAGGACGUCUUCUCAGCACCAUACUACAUCUUACGAUGACGAUGUUAUCGUUAAUCCUAAUUCAUUUAACGACGACGAAGUAAGCUUAGAGGACAACAACAUAAUCGCCGCUCCUGUCCAAUUCAGUAAGCUCAACGCAGAACAUUACUGAGACGAUUCACUGACUUUAUCGGAAAAGAUCCAGAAUAUUCCAAAAAAGAUGAUGACUACGAUUCGGCCUGACAUAUUAGGAAAGUAGUUUCACAAAUUCAGACAGGGUUGUGUUGUACAGGUCA